AUAAUAUGAAAUCGUGCAACAUAUGGAAAAAUUAAUGAAUUAAAUAUACUUGUAUUUAAAAAAAGAGAGAAAGUUUUAGCAAAAGGCAAGAGAGAAAAACGAUUAAACGGUUUUUAACAAGAAAAGGUGACAUUCAUAGCCACAAAAAACUAAGCUAAGAUGACUUUAGUGUGGUAUACGCGGCAACGUUUGAUGUGGUUUACUGUUUUAAGUCUGCUGUUGAUCUUUCAGCUUUUUAGACCAGUAAAAUCAUUUCCCAAUGGUUCGUUUGAAAAUGAUCCCCCUACUGUAGCACCGAAAUUUUUAUCCCGCGGCCAUUUAUACAAAGUGAUUGUUGGCGAGACAAUUGAACUUCCGUGCAAAGUACAAAACUUAGGUUCAUUUGUUUUAUUAUGGAGAAAAGGUUCAUCGGUGCUAACAGCUGGUCACUUGAAAAUAACACGAGAUCCGCGCUUUAAAAUUGUUGGAGAUUACAAUUUACAAAUCAAUGGUGUAAAAACGCAAGAUGCCGGCGAUUACAUAUGCCAAUUAGGUGAUCAGGAAAAUCGCGAUCAAGUACAUACAGUUGAAAUACUGGUUCCGCCAACGCUACGAGCUCUUCCUCACAAUGGUCAAGUUACGGCCAGAAAAGGCAGCACGGUUACUCUUGAAUGUAAAGCUUCCGGUAAUCCAGUGCCAACUAUAUAUUGGUUUAAAAAGGAUGUUUUUUCCGGGCCAACGCACUUAUCGGACAGUUCGACAUUAAUACUGGAAAAUGUCGACCGGCAUCAUGCCGGCAUAUAUCAAUGUUCAGCCGAUAAUGGCGUAAAGGAAAGAGUAUCAAUGGACAUACAACUGACAAUAUUGUCACCACCGGAAAUUACUGUUGAAAAAUCUUGGGUCCAUGCAGCCGAAGGUUACGAUGUAGAACUAGUCUGUAUUGUCCAUGGCGACGUCAACUCAGAGAUGAUGUGGUAUCAAAAUUCAUUUCUUUUGGAUCCUACGGACAGGAGAUCUAUGUAUCCAAGGGAUGAUCGUUACAGUUUAAUUAUACGAAACUUUCAAUCUUCGGAUUUUGGAAACUAUAGUUGUGUAGCUGAUAAUGCACUUGGUCGCACAAAAAAGUACAUUGAAGUAUCGGGCAGGCCGGGACCAGCUGAUUUCAUAUCACCAGCGCUUAGUGGCACUUUGGAUCAUUAUAAUUUAACAUGGACAAUUGAAUCUAUACCACCCUUGGAAGAAGUGAAAUUAUUAUAUCGACGAUUAUUGAUGAAUGAAACGUAUCAACAUCCAGGAAAAUGGCACGAAUUUCACAUUAAACCUAUAGCAAUUAGAUCGGAUAGUACGCACUAUUUAAUGUCGUAUGUUAUAAAGAAUUUAGAGCAUAAUGCGGUCUAUGAGGCUAUAGUUCAAGCCAGAAAUAAAUAUGGAUGGAAUGAGAUAAGUGAUAUCCAUCAAUUUUAUACACGGAAUCAUGAUUUACUCUUUGAUUUGGAUAUGGAAUAUAAAAUGGGUACCUCAACUGCAACUACGAACAACGCAAGUUUCGGUAAAUUAAUUUCAAUUGUAUCCAUAUUGUGCAUACCAAUGAAGGUGCUUUUAAAUUUAAUGUGAAUGUUAUAAAUAGAAAACAUCUCAGUAUUUCCAUGUAUUUAUACACUCGCUUAUAUGGAUCGAGUGCAUUUACUUAUUAUUUGUUUUUUAUAAAAUGUGCCUUACAUUACAUUACAUUAUAUUACACACGUGCAUACUUACCUACACAUAUACGUAUUAAUGAAGUACGCAUUAUCACAUUUAGAUGUGUAUGUAUUAUCAUGUGUUAUUGUUUAAAAAACUAUGGUAGAAUAGAAAACCCUUUGCCCGUUAUUAUAACUAACUAACUAACUAAUUAAGUAGACAAUCUAAGUUCACUUUAUAUUUAGAUAUAUAUAUGCAUAUGUACGUAUACACAUAAAUAUAUAAUUCAUACUGAAAUAUUUAUGAUUUUCUUCCGAAGUAAAUAGUUUUUAAUUCCGACUUCAUAUGUUUCAUUAAGAUUAAGCAAUUAUUGUCUUUUUUGCAGCAAUGAGUAAUAAGCAUCAGAGAUCCCCCAUAUGUGUUCAUAGACACAUAUCUUUAAUAAGCGCAAGAUAUAAGUUUUUUUUAUUGUGCGCAUCUAUGCUUUUGCCGGCCGCGCAGGCACAAUCUACUUAUCUUUGAAAUCCGGCACGCUUCUUUUUUGUGUAAUUUACGACCGCACAGUGUUUAUCAUACUCAUUUUUCAGUUCCUUUCUGUUACUACAGUCUGUUAUUUUCGUUGAUGAUCACUAACUACAUUUGAAAAUAGGCGUAGUGUCAGUGUAAUCUGCAAAAUCGUCUAAAUUACAAUCCAUAGCAAAUUUUAGUUUGUACAACACUCGCAAGAAAUUUAAUUCAGUGGACGUGAUCUAACUAACAAUAGAUGUAUUGCCAAAAUAGGCAAAAAUUUUAACUUACGAGCCAUAAUAGGUAUUGAUUCAAAAUUUAGUAACGAAUUAACAAUUGACUCAUCCCCAAGUAAGAAAGUGUUGAUGGGGGUAUCUGUAGUAUGCCUCACGGUAUAUAUAUAUAUAUACAUAUAAAUGUCUUAUCUCUUCUCCAUUAUGUAUUUAACGCAUAACUGCUAUAUAUGAAUCGUCCGAACUCUUAUGAAUGUGGAGAAUGUUAAUGUCUAGAAAUAACUCAAGUUAAUGACCAUUUCAGGGGAGACCAUCCUAAUUAUGUAAGCAGUUCCAAUGAAUAAAUCCUAAGACAAUUUGUAAGUUUCUUGGAUUGCAAAGCAUGAAAGGCAUGAAAUUCCCUCUGAAAAUAUAUUAUAGCAUCACACUUAUAUGACACACAUCUGCUACAGGUCGUUAUAUGUCAAACCGAAUUUCUUCUAUUCAACCUUCAAAAGAUUAUCUACGACUUUGAAACAGAUUUGUGCUUAAGGAUAUAUACGGAAUCAAAAAUGAAAUUAAAAAAUUAUUUUUUGAAAAAAAUUCCUACAAUUUUUUGAUGAA